CUGUCGGAGCAGCACAGCAGAGAGACAACCUACCUACAUGCUUAUUGUGUAAAUCUUUAAAAAGCAAUUAGCCGCAGCAUCAUCUAAACCUUACCCCCCUGGCUGGGUGAAAUACAUACAUAUAUAUUUAGAAAGGAGUGUUUUUCAGGCGGCUCAACAAAAGCAGGCAUCAUCAUCAUCCUCAACCAUGACUGACAGGAAAGCUGUGAUCAAGAACGCGGACAUGUCCGAGGACAUGCAGCAGGACGCGGUGGACUGUGCCACCCAGGCCAUGGAGAAGUACAACAUAGAGAAGGACAUCGCAGCCUACAUCAAGAAGGAGUUUGACAAGAAGUACAACCCCACCUGGCACUGCAUCGUCGGGAGGAACUUCGGCAGCUACGUUACCCACGAGACAAAGCAUUUCAUUUACUUCUACUUGGGCCAAGUGGCCAUCUUGCUCUUCAAGUCUGGCUGAGGAGUUUCUGAUGGGUGUUGAGGAGUUUUUCUCCCUGAACCUCAAUCGGAAAUGCACUGGCGGCUGAUGUCUCCCAUACACUAAUAACGACAUACCAUAACGAUGCAAAACCGGCCGUGCGCAAUUGCAUGGACUAUACACUAUUUAAUAUGUAUGUUACAGUAAGUUUACUUUUCGAUAGUUGCCAUUUGAAUGCAACUGAAGUAGUUUUUGUUGAUGCUGUUAAAUUCUAAGUUGUAAAAGAUUUCAACUUGGCCCUUGAUUGUAUAAUAAAGGAAAGCUGUAGAAUGUAGUGGUGCAUCUGCUUUCCUUCACAAGUGGCAUUGCCAGACCCUGUUAUGAGACUCCAUCUGUCGGUUUAGAUGGUAAAAUCAUGUGUGCACCAGUUUAACAAUUCAUUGUCAAGAUUUUAACGUGCGAUCAUGAAAAGAAGUUAGGUAAUGGGGCAGAAUAGUCGAGUGAGUAACUUUCACGGCCUCCUUUGGUCUCCAGGAGAACAUACAGCAUGAGUUCACUUUAUUACUGUUAUUUUCCUAGUUUAAAGGGAUUGUGUUGUCUGUAGAUGCAAGUAUAAAAUGUUUUCGAUUUGGAUUUGAAAUAAAAUUCCCAACAGAUGUGAUAUUUUAGCAGCUGCUUUCAGAAAAAAAAAAAAGAUGUCACAACAUCCAACACACUUGACAUUUUGGAACCAACACAAGCCAGUGCGAGCAUUUCCAGGGAUGUUUAGUUUGUCAAUUUUCACUGUGAGGGAUGAUAGAGCAAAUAAAGCUCACAUACGCAGACCUUAGCCUGUAAUGUCUGAGAAAUAACACUGCAGACUGGUUACCAAAAUCUCCCGACUCACCUAUCUAGAUUUCAGUCUUAUAAUCCUGUGUUUCUGCAUGUUUGGAGGAUAAUAACCACAGUUUCUUUAACGCUCAUCAGACAAACAAAAGCUCAUCGCGAAGCUAAAUCAUUUAUUUUACUUUGACUUUUGAAUAUGUAGAUAUUUGACUGAGCCGAUGUGUGUCUUGUCCCAGUAAUUGCUAUAAAUCAGCGUUAGGAAUAGGAAGGUGACUUAGAUAAAUACACCCGCAGUCAACUCUACCAAGGCUACCAACACCCCUGUGUUUCAGAUGGUUGUGUCGUCUUGUGUGGCUUGUGAUACCUUCAAGUUGCAUUACCCCCAACCCUUUAUUUUUGCAUUGCCAGUGUACUGUCAGACACGCAGGAAACACAAAGCAUUUGGAGUUGGGACUUCUUAAAGCAACUGCAAACAGGUGUAUCUCUUGUCCGGCACACUGAUUUGGGGUUUUCAUUUUGUCAUGUCAGUAUAAUUAGUUUUUUAAAUGGCAAUGCGCAAUUCUAAUGAAAUGUGUUCUUUGGGAGGGCAGAUUGGAGGACUUUUAGUCCAUGGAGUUGGAUAACACCACACAUUUCUCGCUGUGAGCAAAGACUGAACUCUAACUCAGUUUUUCUCUCCCAUAAUCCAUCAAUGGGUGAAAUGUGUAUCUCUGAAGUGUUAGCUUGGAUAGACAUGGAAGUCUUCCUAACUAUUGUCAAUGUAAACUGAUUUAGUAUUGUUUUCCUCUGGCAUGUAUUUUUGCUGUGUAUAUGUAGGAGCCGUUCCAAUGCUGUUAAAUUUGCACAAAACGUGUGCCUGUCAUUGCUCUCAACUGUAACUGGCUUGAGUACAAUUGCACUUCAUUAGAAUUAUACAGUAGGUUGCUACAGAACCAAAAUCGUAUAAACUCGAUAAAAUAAAAAUUAAUU